AUGCAGACGGCCAAUUCAGAGCUGAAUCUCUCACGUAUGGUGGAGAUUUUGGGGGAAAUUGAUGGGGGCGGUGGGACAGGUCAGUGCCUUCCGCCAGUGCUCACAGGCGUACCUUCAGACCUACAGCAGAAUGCUCUGGGUGCGCUUCGUCUCCACGGUGCUCUGCGCGUGGCUACACAAUUGGUGGGGGCGUUGGAGGCCUCUCUCGCUGACCUUACCAUCGGUAGCGGCGCCACUACUGAUGGAUCGUCAUUACCCGAUAGUACUGCCUGCACAGCAGCGCAAGACGAGGAACUCCUUAAGGCUAUUGCGGAAGACUCCACCACCCUGUGUUUCGUAAAUCGUCAUCUUUUGCUCUUUGACCAAGGUCUCGUAAUAGCAGAUGCUGCUGUUGAGGCCAUUUCGCGCUCUGAUGGUGUAACUCGACAAAUGCGUUGCCAGUUCAGACACUUUCUCUCCUUUUCACAAAUCGCCCUUUUGGUAAAUAUUUCCACAAUUUUACUGCGUUUCCUAAUUUUCACAGUUUCUUUCAAUCAUCUUGAUUUGGUGGGUUGGGAUUUGUUUCAAGGUCGAUCAACUUUUUGUUAG